AUGUCGCUCCCCAUGGAGCCCCAAACCUGGAGGAAAGGUCACUUUACCAUUUCUACCGACAAAUCCCUUCUCUCGAUCGCAGCCAUCAACUCAGCCUUCGACAAAGACUACAUACACUGGACAUAUGCUUUCCCAGAUGCAACCCUACAAUCACUUAUCAACAGUUCGUUCUGCUUUGGGGUAUACAAAGUUCAAGUCAACGACCGCACCAGCUCUAGCACACCCAAUGGCGACAUAGCUGGGAGCCAUGGCCCUACCACAACGAACGAAAAAGCGGAACAAAUUGGGUUCGCACGUCUUGUCACGGACAAUGUCACAUUCGCAUAUCUAAAUGAUCUGUAUAUCCUACCGGAACACCAGGGCCUGGGACUAGGUGGAUGGUUACUUGAGGCAAUAGACGAAUUGUUACGCCCGCUUCCUCGCCUAAGAUGGUUUAUGUUAAGAACUUCAGGGGAGAAGAGCAGGCAGUUGUAUGAAAAGAAGCUUGGAAUGGCCGUUUUGGACGCAUGCCACAACGGUGGCAGGGCGGUUAUGAUGGGGAGGAAGGGAAGGGGA